GAAACCCAAAAAGUCCAGCCCACCUUCCUUCAACCGCCUCCGGCAUCGGUCAUCCUUCCUCUAUAAAUGCCCUCGACGAGUCUUUCCCAAGUAUUCCCAUUCCUAGUAAUUGGCCCAACGGAAGGCCGAAAUUUCCGAGGCAUAGUCUAGUUCUACAUUUUUCUUUCAAUCACAAUUUUACCGAGAAACAAACAGAGUUCGGAAAACUUACCUCUCUUGAAACCUUCGAUCAAAUGCCGAGGAAAGGAAUGAGGAGUCUCUGCUUUCAGUCCCCAAGGACACCGUCGUUCUCAAUUUCUCGCAAUUCUUUGUCAACUCCUCAACGGAGCUUUUCAGAAUCCAUGAUUGAUCAAACCAUUGACCGAGCGGAUUCGAUCAUCAUGAAAUGGAAUCCAGACACAUCAAGUUACGCCAGAGUUACGUCUCUCUUCUACGAGAACAAAAGAGAGGCGAUGCAGUUCUUGAAAUGCGUUAACGAUUUGCAAAAGGCGAUGCAUUUGUUAGUCUCUGAGGAUUCAGCAUCGGAGAAGCUGAUUCAAGCGCAAAACCUUAUGCAGAUUGCGAUGAAGAGGCUCCAGAAGGAAUUCUACCAGAUUCUUUCCAUGAAUCGGGCUCACUUGGAUCCUGAAUCAGUGUCCACGCGGUCAUCGCGCACCUCGACAAGAUCAAGUAUAUCGGAUUAUGACGAUGAAGGUACGCCAGACGAUGAUGAGAUUCGUGCAGCAGGUGAUUCGAUCACCGAACUCGAGGAAGUUUCCUCCAUUGCCAUGGCGGAUUUGAAAUCAAUUGCAGAUUGCAUGAUCUCCUCCGGUUAUACCAAAGAAUGCAUACAAAUUUACAAAAUCAUCCGGAAAUCGAUUAUCGACGAAGGCAUUUAUCGGCUCGGAAAAUCACCGCCGCCGUUGAAAAUGUUCCGCGUACUCGAUAUGUACACGGCAAUUUCAGAAUACUGGCAAGAUAUUGAAACGAUCUUCUCUUUUGAAUCAACCUCCGCCAUCCGAUCACAAGCUCUCAACUCGCUCAUUCGACUCAGUGAGUCAGUUCGCUCGUUGCUUGCGGGUAUUGAAUCCUCCAUUCAAAAGGACUCGUCAAAAGUACUGGUUCCUGGUGGCGGCGUGCAUCCUCUGACACUCAACUCCAUGGAUUCUCUCACUCUCCUCGCUGAUUACAGUAACGUCCUGACCGACAUUUUUAUGGAUUGGCCACGACCGGCGAAGUCUUCAUUACCUGAAUCAGAAUUUGAUAGUCCAGAAUCUGAUGAUUCUGCAGAGUCGCCGAUCUCCCUGCGCAUAGCGUGGUUAAUACUUGUCCUUCUCUGCAAGCUCGAUGGAAAAGCAAAGUACUACAAGAGCGCAUCUAUGUCAUAUCUGUUCUUAGCAAACAAUCUCCAGCACGUAAUCUCCAGAGUCCGUACCUCAAAUCUCCAAUACAUGCUCGGCGAGGAGUGGAUUACGAAGCACAACGCCAAAGUGAGGAAGUUUGCCGCAAAUUACGAGCGGUUAGCAUGGGGACAAGUGUUCGCAUCUUUACCGGAGAAUCCGACUGCCGUGAUUUCACCAGGAGAGGCCAAGGAGUACUUCAGGAAAUUCAAUUCGAGUUUUGAAGAAGCGUAUUGGAAACAGAAAUCGUGUGUCGUACCGGACCAGAAGCUCGGAGACGAUAUAAAGGUUUCGAUCGAGGGGAAGCUAGUGCCGGUGUACCGGGAGUUCUAUAACACGCACAGGUUAACGGCUGGAGGAGAGAGGAAUGCGAUGCUUUUUGUCAGAUUUGGCCCUGAUGACGUGGGAAAUCAUUUAUCAAAUUUGUUCGGAGCGGGUAAUUCAAAAAGUUGAUCAGCCUCAGCUUCGACGUCGUCUCGUCGACGCGGCCUCCACGAUCUCCGUUGAGGACUUGAGAAUUGAGAUUACUGUGUAUAUUUUUUUAUAAAAAAUAAUUUAAAGACGAAACUUUUUUUUAUACAACUAUAAAUAUUAUUUAAAUAA